GGAUUUCACGUCGAUUUUCCCGCCCUCACGCAGAAUAAUUGCGUCAUUUCUGCCCGGGUUUUCUCGCUAGCGGUUUCUUCACGCGCUCCCGCCAUCAACUUCUGCAAAACAUCUUGCAGAUAUUUAAUUGACGUUAAUCCUCUCUCAGCUGCGCCGCUCAUCAUGGAUGACUGGGAGGAAGAUCAGGGCCCUGUUGUAUCCUGCAGUUCAGGUUUUGGUCUGAGCUCUAGAGGUGCAGAUGGAGGAUUCAAGAGCUUCUAUACAGGAAGUACAGGAAACGGGAAGGCAAACAAUGAAGAUGGUGAUGGCAGCUCAUGGAAGACGACUGCUGGUGAUGGAUUCAGGGGCAGAGGAGGAAGGGGAGGAUCACGAGGAGGAAGAGGAGGCUUCAGAAAUACCUUUAAAUCAGAAACUGAUGAAAAUGAAAACAAUGAGGGUUGGAAAGAUGAAGGCCAAGGAAGAGGUCGUGGUGGAUCCCGUGGGGGUUUCCGCGGUGGAUUUCGUGGUGGUUUCCGUGAUGGCGGAAAUGAAGAGACUGGGAGAAGAGGCUUUGGAAGAGAAAAUGACGAAAAUGGCACAGAUGAGGGUUGGAAAGGAGGUGAAGGCCGAGGAAGAGGUCGUGGAGGCUUUCGUGGGGGCUUCCGUGAUGGUAGCGGGGAUGAAGAGACCGGAAAAAGAGGCUUUGGAAGAGGAGCUCUCUUUAAUGACACUGUAGGUUUCAGAGGCCGGAAUGAGGAAGUGUUUUCCAAGGCUUCAACCGCAGACAAGCCAGAUCAAGAAGCAGGUGAAAAUGCAGGACCCAAGGUUGUCUAUGUGCCGCCUCCCCCUCCAGAAGAGGAGAGUUCAAUAUUUUCCCAUUAUGCCACGGGCAUUAAUUUUGACAAAUAUGAUGACAUCCUUGUGGAUGUGAGUGGCAGCAAUCCUCCAAAGGCUAUUAUGACUUUUGAUGAAGCAGGACUUUGUGAAUCACUGAGAAAGAAUGUAACGAAGUCUGGAUAUGUGAAGCCUACUCCUGUCCAGAAACAUGGGAUUCCCAUUAUUUCUGCUGGACGAGAUCUAAUGGCUUGUGCCCAGACCGGAUCAGGAAAAACGGCGGCCUUCCUGCUGCCCAUCCUUCAGCGGCUGAUGGCUGAUGGUGUGGCUGCCAGCAAGUUCAGCGAGGUGCAAGAGCCCGAGGCCAUAAUCGUGGCCCCCACCAGAGAGCUCAUCAAUCAGAUCUAUCUGGAGGCCAGGAAGUUUGCAUAUGGGACCUGUGUGCGUCCUGUGGUGGUUUAUGGUGGAAUAAAUACUGGAUACACAAUUCGAGAGGUGUUAAAGGGCUGCAAUAUUUUGUGUGGGACCCCAGGACGAUUGCUUGACAUCAUCGGUCGUGGAAAGGUUGGCCUGAGUAAGCUGCGGUAUUUGGUUCUGGAUGAAGCAGACAGAAUGCUGGACAUGGGCUUCGAGCCUGAUAUGCGUAAGCUGGUGGGAUCUCCAGGCAUGCCUUCAAAAGAGGAUCGACAAACCCUCAUGUUCAGCGCCACAUACCCUGAAGAUAUUCAAAGGAUGGCUGCAGAUUUUUUGAAAGUGGACUACAUUUUCCUUGCUGUUGGUGUGGUUGGUGGAGCAUGCAGUGAUGUGGAGCAAACUAUCAUUCAGGUGGACCAGUACUCCAAGAGAGACCAGCUGCUUGAUCUGCUCCGAUCUACAGGGACUGAGCGCACGAUGGUCUUUGUUGAAACCAAAAGAAGUGCUGAUUUCAUUGCAACAUUUCUCUGCCAGGAGAAGCUGUCCACUACAAGCAUCCAUGGUGAUCGGGAGCAGAGAGAGCGAGAGAAGGCUCUCAGUGAUUUUCGCACAGGUCAGUGUCCGGUGCUGGUGGCCACGUCUGUUGCCGCCAGAGGCCUGGACAUUGAGCAGGUCCAGCACGUUGUGAAUUUCGACCUGCCCAGCAGCAUCGACGAAUACGUCCAUCGCAUCGGGAGAACCGGACGCUGUGGGAACAUCGGGCGGGCCGUGUCCUUCUUCAACCCAGAGUCUGAUACUCCAUUAGCUCGCUCUCUGGUCAAAGUUCUGUCUGGGGCCCAACAGGAAGUUCCCAAAUGGCUGGAGGAAAUAGCUUUCAGUGCUCAUGGAACAACAGGCUUCAACCCUCGUGGAAAAGUGUUUGCAUCUACAGACACACGAAAGGGAGGGUCCUUCAAGACAGAUGAGCCGCCUCGAGCAUCCGCCCCAACCCCAGCAGCUGCUGCAGAUGAUGAGGAAUGGGAAUAACUACUGAACACCUUACAUUCUAUUAUGCAGAUUUAUUUUUAUUUUUGUGAGUUUAUUAGUAUGUUUCUCCAGCAUGUUUGUUGAAAUGUUAAUUGAUUAAUGUAGCACUAUGGUAAAGCUGUUGCAUUUAAAAAGUCACAUUCUGAAAACUGUAGGUUUGAUCUGAAGGACCGAGUAUUAAUCAAGACAUGAUACCUUUUAGCUGUUUGGUUUGAAUUAACGAUUGGAUUUGUGUCACUUGUUUGGAUUGAAGAGCACAACUGGAUUAGUGGAUUUGUUUUGCAUCAUCACAUUAACACUUUGCUAAGAGCGUAUUGAGUUUUGUGAGCUUCUACCUGAAAGUCUUUCCUACAGUGGUAGUGUAUCGAUCAGUUCUGUUGUUAAAUGUGACAAUUUGUAGGUUGUUUUUCUUGACAUUUGUCUUAAAGCCUAAGUAUACAAGUAAGGAAACUUGUUUUGCUAAUGUACCUUCCCAGAUGAAGGUAAAUAAAGCGAUUGUUUACCAGA